AUGGCGUUGCAACAAAGGGAAAUUGACUGUCAACGUCAAGAGCCACCAAGUGCACCACCACAACAAGGCCCAAACUCAAGUCAUCCACCUCAACUGGCAAGUCCUCUAAGGCUGGAGCAACCUCAUACUGCUCAAAAGGAUAUUCCAUUUCAAGAUCUUGAGCAGCAACCACCUCCUCAUACUGGCCGAGAUAAUCCUCAGCGUCAAAGGCAUAAUAGGGCGAGGAAGCCUCCCCAAAGCCCUAGACGCCAAACUGCUGAUGAACUGAAUCCUCCGAGCAAGGGACAGCGUCCUUCUGCUAACAAAAGGCAUGCCGAGUCCGGCUCUGCGGUCAGGGACCACCCAAGACAUAAUAAUGUCCGAGGACCCACCGACCAACGCAAGCCUCCUCCUGACGCUCGAGAGGUACCAGCAAGAGGAGGGAAUAGUGCGACCAGCAGGUCGCGCCAUAGCCAAUCACAUUUUAGGGACGGUCCUGAUUACAAUGAAGUUGAUUCCGGCAGGGGAAAUGCUGGUCGAGAGCAAGGAGAGAAUGGUGGAGAAAAGAAUCCCCUACCAAGAGAAAAUAGGCCUGUGAUCUAG